AUGACGGUCGAUGCUCCAGGGUACUGCGACGACUGCGUCUUCGUGACAACCUUUCACGAAGGUGGCUACUCACAGUUCUCCUGCCAAAUAUCCUUGCCUGCUGUCACUUUGCAGUUUCGCAGAGAGGUAAACAUUAACAGUGUUUCGGUCCCUGUUUUACAAACGUCUUUCACUUUGAUGGACUUUCUUUUAUUCUUGCAGAAGCCCAUCUUCCCUACGUACACGAACCUGGAGGCAAUGCGAUUUGAACUUGUCAACGUCAGCGCAAAGGCUCAAGUUAAUCUCAUUUUCGAAUCCAAGAAAUUUUCCGCCAUACACAUUACCAGACUCAUCUUCUUCAAUCUCUAUGACCGACUCAGAAAGAAAGCAAUCAAGGCAAAUCAAGUAUCUGGCUGGAAAACUGCAGUCAUAUCAAGGGUCCAAGCAAUUUUUGACAGGGCUUAUUUCCAGGACAGAAGCCUCAAGUGUUAUGCAUGA